CUUUAAGCUCCAUCAUAUUAUCCGUCAGGUCUGAUAGAGCUUACAGCUUUAUUUAGUCAUUGAAAGAGCACCUUUAGUCAUACUUACAAUAUUUUUUACUACUGAAUCCUGUAAAAAAAUCGGGUAUUCACCGUUGUUUCUCGCGUACUACAGAAUCCUGUAAAAAAAUCGGGUAUUCACCAUUAUUUCUCGCAUAUUGUUUAAGAGAUUGCCUUUGUCUAGUCGGUGUGCCAGUUUAAAUCGUAGAAGAAGAAACAAUUGUGUUAAAACAUAAAAAAAUAAAAAAGAGAAAAGAGUCUGUACAUUUUUUAUAUCUUCUAAAGAAAGGAUUUUGAAUACAAUGGCUGCAAAUAAUGAAAUGGCUACAAAUACACUUUGGGAAGAAAUGAAAAAUUUUGCUAUUGAACAGCAACAAUGCUUUUAUGAAUUACUUCUUGAGUGCACAGCGUAUAAAUCUGACGAACAUGAAAUCCUGAAAAAAAAUAUUGGCUAUGCUAUUUAUGGAUUACCAACGAGCAAUGAGAAUGAAAGUACAAUAGAAAGUAAUAAGAAAUCAGAAGAUUCAAGUGAUAUAGAUGCAAAUAUAGUUGACACAAUAAAUUACGAUGAAAAAGCUAAAAAAGUCAUAGAUAUAUUAUAUAAUAAAAUAUGUAAAUAUACGAUAGGAACUAAUAUGACUCAACCAAUUUACUUUGGUAUAAUUUAUAAUGUGAUAUUUUCUCCUAAGAUAAAUGUAAACCCAAAGGAAGAAAAAGAAGUAAAAAAGGAAGAGAAUAAAGAAACAAAUAAAAAAACAGAAAUAAAAGAACCAGUAAAAGAAGAAGAAAAAGAGUUUCCAGUAUUGUCUAUCCCAAUUUUUACAAUCAGAAGAAAUAUUGAGGAAAAAUCCACACUAAAAAAUUUAAAACAAGAAGAAAACAUAAAAACCGAAAAUAAAGCAGAUUAUGAGAUAUGGUACAUUGAUAUUGGUGGCAGAGUGUAUAAGAGUUGGAGAGAUUAUGUAGAAAACAAUAACUUACCAAAAUGUACUAUGGUUCUUCCUAAAGAUGGCCUUUAUCAAGCAGAUGUAUCCUAUCCAGUAACAGAAGACUAUUCCACAGUUUGGGUGGAAAUCAUAGAAUCUCCUGCAUGCACAUUAGCAUCAGCAAUCUGUAAUGGAGUGGAUAUUGUUUCUAGUAUUGCUGGAUUAGGUGUAGCUGGUUUAUCUGCUGUAGGAAUGGUUACACCUCUUGCACCAGUUGUUGUUAUAACAGGUAUUGCUGCUGCUGGUAUAAGCAGUAUUUGGACAAUUGGCAGAUCUUCUCAGCAACUGGUAGAUCGUGCAAUCCAUGAGGAAUCUAAUUUGGAUAAAGAGGCUUUACCUCAUUGGCUUAGUAUAUUUGGUACAACAUUUGGUUUAGCAGCGGUUGGAGGAUCAGCUGCUCUAUCCAGGGCUGUUGGACAAGGUAAAACAAUACCCACCUUCGUGAAAGCAGUAUUUAAUACUGUGCAAGGUGGCAAUAUAGUGUUCAAUGGUGCUGGUGUUAUAUAUCAAGGUUACGAUAUAGUAGAUAAAUAUAUGACGGAGAGUCAGAUUGAUCGUGUAGGCAUGUUAAAUUUUGCGAUACAUGUUAUGUUUUUUGCUAGCACUGUAGUAAAGAUUCAAUUCGCCAAUGAUAUCAUUAACAAUACCCAAGUUAAAAUCAUCAAUGAUUACAAAGAAACUUUACGUAAGAAAAAUCUCCGUAAGAAAUUUAAUCGCGUUGCGCGAAAAGCUGCUGCGAAUAAUACAUGUAAGAUAUCCGAAAACGCGGAUGUGAUAAACUACAUAAGACAUCGCGAACAGAUAUCUGCUAAUCAAUCUGUUAAUCAGUCUGCUAAUCAACCUGUUAAUCAGUCUGUUACUCAUGGUCAAAUAAACAAUAUUCAAAGUCAUAUUGUAUGGUCAUACGAACAGGGUAAAUUGAAAGUCAAUGGUGUUAUAUUAUUCGAACCUAUUGAAUAUGUUGUUCGUCUCAUGAAGUCGGAUAUAUUUAAUGAAAUUCGACAAAAUAAUCCAUCUUCACAGAACAAUGGCGAUAAUGAUAUCGCUGAUUCAUUAAAAGAAGUAUUUUCUGAUUUAUUAAGCAAGUUCUACGCGAGUGAUGCUUGUCCCAAGAGCAAAAAUUUGCCAUUGCUUCCUGACUUUGAACCACUUCUUAAAGAUAUGAGUUCUGUGAGAAUCAAUACAAAAUCUCUGAAAAAAUUGUUUAUCAUCGUUGAAAAAUUAAUGAGACGUUCUAGAAACAAAGACGAUUUUUUAUUCAUGGCUUUUAUCCUUGUUUGGCAAUAUUGUAAAGCAAACUUAGAAAAAUGGGGUAUAUAUACAAAAGAUCGCAUCCAAAGCAAUUCAGGCUCCGACAUUUUACAAAGGAUCAUUAUUACUGCUGUUUGGGAAGCUAUUGAUAUGAUACUUGAUAAUCUUUGUAGUGCCUUUGUAAGAUAUAUAGAAAUUAACUUGAUAAUGCAGGUAAAUUGAGUGUAGAAAACUCUAAUACAGAAAAUAAAAAUUAGAACUAAUGCACAUAAUAAUCUUGUGGAAAUAAGCAAUUUUAUAGAAACAUAUUAUAUAAAAUAAUCGAUUAAUAGAAGUUUUCAGUUUUUUAAAAUAAAGCAUUGCCUUCUUUUUAGUAGAAUUUGACAUACAGAUAUACUGAUACACAUUGUGCCUUGAACUAUGAGAGAUGUCAGAGUUUUAUCUAUAUAUUUAUAAAUUAUG